UGUGUGAAAAUCUCGUGAUUGCCCAUCAGCACUGAGCGAACGGGGCUCUGUGAUGUGCUGUUCAAGACAGAAGGACUGUGCUUCGCUCUACAGCCUGCUACGCUGGUAAAAACCUUCGCAUCAUCGCAGCAUCAUUUUCAACAGCGGUUUAAAACCUGGACCUAAAACCUUUUUGCCAUAGGAAUUUAACUCGGAUUAAUAUGCUGGAUAUCCUUGCAAUAAUUAAGUGACAGGACCGAAGGACUCAGAGAUGCUCCUGUGGAUCAAAUGAAGCCAACAUGAAGAAGGUCUCAUUAGCUCUGAAAGCCAGAAGAGCCACAGCAGCGGGACCCCGCCCGGAAAGCCUCCACAGCGUCGGCCGCACAGUCUGAGCACAGAGACCGUCGUCCGCUCCGUGGACACAGGGCCCCGUCUUCUCCUCCCCUCCUCCCUCUCUGCCACUCCUGUCUGAACCGUUCCCCGUGGCUUCACUGCAGAACAGCCACCCGAGCGUCCCUCCGUCCGAAUGGCCUCAGGACCGUCGCCUGGUUUUUCACCACCCGUCCAUUCCAGCUAAAGCGGAUUUCGUUUUCGUCGCUAAAGUAUCUGUUUAUCGGAGAGCUCUUUGCGGGAUGUACAUGGAAUAUACCACCCUCUGAACCAAAGUAAAUUCAAUGGUCUCUUGCUGUUAAGGAUUAUAGUGCACCCCCUUAUUUCCACAGUUUACAAUGAAUCUCCUCUCGUGUUCCAUCAAGGUGAAAUUGCUGCUCAGUACUUUGUUAGGCCUGUGUUUGGGCCUGGAGUUUUCGGGGGCUCCGGGACAGUGGGCUCGCUAUCUCCGCUGGGAUGCCAGCACCAGGAGCGACCUGAGCUUUCGGUUCAAGACGGACGUGUCCACCGCCCUGCUCCUGUACUUCGACGACGGGGGCUACUGCGACUUCCUGCAGCUGAUGGUGGUGGAGGGCCGGCUCCAGCUGCAGUUCAGCAUCGACUGCGCCGAGACCACCGUCGUCUCCGACAAGAUGGUCAACGACAGCAGCUGGCACUUGGCCACCCUCAGCAGGUUAAACCUGAGGACUGUCCUGAGGCUGGACAGCGAGACCAAAGCCGACGAGGUCAGGCCACAGCGGCAGUACAUGAAGAUCAUCAGCGACCUGUUCCUGGGGGGCGUCCCCCAAGACAUCCGCACGUCGGCGCUGACGCUGCCCAUGGUGAAGGACCAGCCGCCGUUUAAGGGAGUUAUCACGGAUCUGAAAUACGGGAACAAGGAGCCCACGCUCCUCAGCAGCCAGCAGGUGCGGCUGGACAUGGAGGGCCUGUGCACGCAGAACCCCUGUGAGAACGGAGGGAGCUGCUCGGUGGUGGAUGGGGAGCCGCAGUGCGAUUGCUCCAAAACGGAAUACGUGGGCCGAUUCUGCAGCGAAGAGGUCAGCCGUGUUCCAGGUUUCUCACACAUGAUGAUGGCUGAGCAAGCUAAAAGCAAAGCAAGGGAAGAUAACGUGGCCACUUUCCGAGGCUCCGAAUACUUCUGCUACGACCUGUCCCAGAACCCCAUCCAGAGCAGCAGCGACGAGAUCACGCUCUCCUUCAAGACCUGGCAGCGCAACGGGCUCAUUCUCCACACCGGCAAGUCGGCGGACUACGUAAACCUGGCCCUGAAGGACGGCGCCGUCUCCCUCGUCAUCAACCUGGGCUCUGGGGCCUUCGAGGCCAUAGUCGAGCCGGUCAACGGCAAAUUCAACGACAACUCGUGGCAUGACGUUAAAGUCACACGCAAUCUGCGGCAGGUGACAAUAUCCGUGGAUGGCAUCCUCACCACAACCGGAUACACCCAGGAGGACUACACCAUGUUGGGCUCUGACGACUUCUUUUACGUCGGAGGAAGUCCAAGCACUGCUGACUUGCCUGGCUCUCCCGUCAGCAACAAUUUCAUGGGCUGCUUAAAAGAGGUUGUUUACAAAAACAAUGACAUCAGGUUGGAGCUGUCCCGGCUGGCCAGGAUUGUGGACCCCAAAAUGAAGAUCCAGGGAGAUGUGGUGUUCAAAUGUGAGAACGUGGCCACCUUGGACCCCAUUUCCUUUGAGACGCCUGAGGCCUACAUCAGCCUCCCUAAGUGGAACACUAAGCGCAUGGGCUCCAUCUCAUUUGACUUCCGCACCUCAGAGCCCAAUGGCCUGAUUCUCUUCACUCACGGAAAACCUCAGGACAGGAAGGACCCUCGCAGUCAGAAAAAUACCAAGGUGGACUUCUUUGCUGUGGAGCUUCUGGAUGGCAGCCUCUACCUGUUGCUGGAUAUGGGCUCAGGGACCAUCAAGGUGAAGGCUACUCUGAACAAGGUGAAUGACGGAGCCUGGUAUCACGUGGACAUACAACGGGAUGGAAGAUCAGGCACCAUAUCCGUGAACAGCCGGCGCACCCCGUUCACUGCAAGCGGAGAGAGCGAGAUUUUGGACCUGGAGGGGGACAUGUACCUGGGCGGGCUGCCGGAGAACCGGGCGGGGCUCAUCCUGCCCACCGAGCUGUGGACUGCCAUGCUCAACUACGGCUACGUGGGCUGCAUCCGGGACCUGUUCAUCGACGGGCGGAGCAAGGACAUCCGGCAGAUCGCCGAGGCGCAGAACGGGGCCGGCAUCAAGCCCUCCUGCAACAAGGUCAGCGGGAAGCAGUGCGAGAGCUACCCCUGCAAGAACAAGGGGGUCUGCAAGGAGGGCUGGAACCGCUUCAUCUGCGACUGCACGGGGACCGGCUUCUGGUCCCGGACGUGUGAGAGAGAGGCCUCCAUCCUGAGCUACGACGGGAGCAUGUACAUGAAGGUGGUGAUGCCCAUGGUGAUGCACACGGAGGCCGAGGACGUGUCGCUGCGCUUCAUGUCCCAGCGGGCGUACGGCCUGCUCAUGGCCACCACGUCCCGCGACUCGGCCGACACCCUGCGUCUCGAGCUGGACGGCGGCCGCGUCAAACUCACGGUCAACCUAGACUGUAUCAGGAUAAACUGUAACUCCAGCAAAGGACCAGAGACUCUGUACGCUGGAAAUAAACUGAAUGGUAAUGAGUGGCACACGGUCCGUGUGGUUCGGCGGGGUAAAAGCUACAAGCUCACGGUUGACGAUGACGUAGCAGAAGGUCAAAUGGCGGGCGACCACACCCGCCUGGAGUUCCACAACAUCGAGACGGGCAUCAUGACGGAGCGGCGCUUCGUGUCCGUCAUCCCGUCCAGCUUCAUCGGCCACCUGCAGAGCCUCAAGUUCAACGGCAUGCUCUACAUCGACCUGUGCAAGAACGGCGACAUCGACUUCUGCGAGCUCAACGCCCGAUUCGGCAUGCGCUCCAUCAUCGCCGACCCCGUCACCUUCAAGACCAAGAGCAGCUACCUGAGCCUGGCCACGCUGCAGGCCUACACCUCCAUGCACCUCUUCUUCCAGUUCAAGACCACAUCCCCGGACGGCUUCAUUCUCUUCAACAGAGGGGACGGCAACGACUUCAUCGCUGUGGAGCUGGUAAAAGGGUACAUCCACUACGUGUUCGACCUGGGCAACGGGCCCGUGCUCAUUAAGGGAAACAGUGACAGGGCUCUCCAUGACAACCAGUGGCACAACGUUGUCAUCACCAGGGACAACAACAACAUACACACGUUGAAGGUGGACGCCAAGGCUGUGAGUGAAGUUGUCAAUGGUGCCAAAAACCUGGACCUAAAAGGCGACCUCUUCAUCGCUGGGCUGGGCCCGGGCAUGUACAGCAACCUGCCCAAGCUGGUGGCGUCGCGCGACGGCUUCCAGGGCUGCCUGGCCUCCGUGGACCUGAACGGGCGUCUGCCGGACCUGAUCAACGACGUGCUGUACCGCAGCGGUCAGAUCGAGCGCGGAUGCGAAGUUGGUUUCACCAAAGCUGACCUACAAGGUCCUAGCACUACCUGCCAAGAGGACUCCUGCGCCAACAUGGGCGUCUGCAUCCAGCAGUGGGAGAACUACACCUGCGACUGCUCCAUGACCUCGUACUCCGGCACGCAGUGUAACGACCCGGGAACAACAUUUAUAUUUGGCAAAGGAGGGGGACUCAUAACGUACACCUGGCCUGCUAAUGACCGGCCGAGCACGCGGACCGACCGGCUGACCGUGGGCUUCAGCACGUCUCUGAAGGACGGGAUACUCGUCCGCAUCGACAGCGCCGUUGGGCUGGGAGACUACGUUAUGCUCCACAUCGAGCAAGGCAAGAUUGGCGUUACGUUUAACAUUGGGACCGUUGACAUCAGUGUGCGGGAAUCCAGCACCCCUGUGAAUGAUGGGAAAUACCAUGUGGUACGAUUUAACAGAAAUGGAGGCAAUGCCACACUGCAGGUGGACAACUGGCCAAUCAAUGAGCACUACCCCACAGGCAGCAGUGAUUAUGAGCGCUAUCAAAUGGCUAAUAAGAAAAUCCCAUUCAAAUAUACCCGACCGGUAGAAGAAUGGCUACAAGAGAAAGGCCGACAGUUAACAAUAUUCAACACCCAGGCCACCAUCACGAUUGGGGGUAAUGACCGAAAAAGGCCAUUCCAGGGCCAGCUCUCCGGCCUGUACUAUAAUGGCCUAAAGGUCCUCAACAUGGCCGCCGAGGGCAACCCCAACAUCAAGAUCAACGGCAGCGUGCGCCUGGUGGGCGACGUGCCCUCUGUCCUGGGGUCGGCCACCACCACCUCGGUCCCGCCCGAGAUGUCCACCACCUUCAUCGAAACCACCACCACCAUGUCCACCACCACCACCCGCAAGCAGCGCUCUCCGCCCACCAUACAGACGACGGACGACAUCGGCUCCUCCGCAGAAUGCUCCAGCGAUGACGAGGACCUGGAGGAGUGUGACUCAGGACAUGCAGGUGGGCUAGGAGAUGAAUUAGUAAUCCCUGUACUUAUUGAAGAUCCCUUAGAAAUCCCUCCUGUAGCUACUCGUGCACCCUUCAUUACCCUCCCCCCAACCUUUCGUCCCCUCCUUACCAUUAUUGAGACCACCAAAGAGUCCCUGUCCAUGGCCACUGAGGCGGGGUUACCUUGCUUGUCGGACCAAGGCAGCGAUGAUUGUGAUGAUGAUGGCUUGGUGAUAUCUGGGUAUGGCUCAGGGGAAGCGUUCGACUCUAACCUGCCCCCUACUGAUGAUGAAGAUUUUUACACCACCUUCUCCUUGGUAACAGAUAAGACCUUGUCUACGUCGGCCUUUGAAGGUGGCUACAAAGCUCACGCGCCUAAGUGGGAAGCCAAGGACUUUAGACCUAACAAAGCCUCCGAAUCUGGUAGGACUACUACCACAUCCUUGUCCCCUGAGCUGAGUCACUCCACAACUUCCUCUACGCCAGAAACGCCACCCAAAUUGCCUGCGGGCAAAAUGAAUAACCGAGAGCUAAAACCCCAGCCAGACAUAGUCUUGCUUCCAUUGCCCACUUCCUAUGAGGUAGACAGCACAAAACUGAAGAACCCAUUAAUAACCUCCCCCAUGUUCCGUAAUGUACCCACAGCAAACCCCACGGAGCCGGGCAUCAAGCGGGUUCCGGGGGCCUCAGAGGUGGUCCGUGAAUCUAGCAGCACCACUGGGAUGGUCGUCGGAAUAGUAGCUGCAGCCGCUUUAUGCAUCCUUAUUCUACUGUAUGCUAUGUAUAAGUACAGAAACAGGGACGAGGGAUCGUACCAAGUGGACGAAACAAGAAAUUACAUAACCAACUCAGCACAGACGAACGGCGCAGUGGUAAAGGACAAACAGCAAAGUUCGAAAAGCAGCAGCAAGAAACAGAAAAACAAGGACAAGGAAUACUAUGUGUAAAAUGUAAUGUCGACGGAAAAAGAUAACAAAAAAAAGUACAUUAUAAAAACGAUUAUCGUAUCAGGAGCUGCAAUGAAUGAAGGAAAAAAGAGAACUGAAACAUUGCGCUGAGUCAGUGAACUAUGAAAUGUACUGUAAUAUAAAGCACACUUACUAUUGUAAGCAUACCGAGAAGGCUAAUAGCAACAUUAGUGACCUUAUUCUUCUAUCUGGUCAGAGACGUUAUCAGUGUAGAAUAUUUCACAGCUACAUCAUUAUCCUAAGUGACUUUUAGAGGUAUGUGAUCCUUGGCGUAAACCUUGUUUUUUGUAACCCUGUAAAGAAAAGAUCAUAAUUUUGGCCAUUUCAAGCAUGUGUGCGACAUGUAGUGCUGGCAUCUUUACAAGAGUGGGUCAGAAAAAAAGGAUCAUUGUAAAAGUCAAAAAAGGACUCUUGCCAUAAAAAAAUGACAACUUUGUAUUGUUUCUACAUUAUAAAGUGUGGUGUCUUAUAAUUUUUUUGCUCUGUGCAAAAAAAACAAUGUAUUAAAUGAAAAAAUGUGAGAAAAAUGGUCUAAACAGAUCUCUGAUGAUCUUGCAGCACUGUUGACUGAUCUCAGCCUAAUUCUUUUAAUCCUAUAACCGACAACGAUGCUGAAAAGUCAUGUGGAGAAAGGUGGUCGGUUUUUCUUCUCGGUAAAGCAUCUGAUUGUAAUGCAUGCCAUCCCAAUGCUACUAUAUAUGGUGUUCAUUUGAACAGAUCUACCAGGCCAAGCAAUUCAUCAUCAAAGCAACCGUUUCCUUUUUAUCUUACGUUGACAACAAAGAAAAAGAAAAUCCCAGAUAUAUAUUUUUAUUUUCAAUCAGUGCUGGUUAUAUAGUUUGCAGCCUUCUGUGUUUGUCCAUUUCCUCCUGUUCAAUUUUUGUUCUUUUUUUUAUGAAGCUGCUGUGACAGAAAUGAUCCAUAAAUGUCUAACUGAGGACUCCUACAGUACUAUAACACUGUUAAGGAUGUUUAAACAGAAAUAAAUCUAAUGUGAAAAGUGUGAAUUUUAUCUGUUGUCACAGUCAACUGUGUCAAACAACAAAUUUGUUUACAUAUUUUAUUACAUUAUAGCUGUUGUACUUUGUAGGUAGAUAUUGUACAUAACAUUUAAGUUGUAAUUUUUUUAGUAAUUUUAUUGUACAGACUGAUCAUUUGGUUUAUCAGUGUAUUUCAUGAAGAAAAUCAAAACUGUUAUCUGAAACGGAGAAAGACUUUGGAGCAAAGAAAAUAUACGCAUAUUUUGUAAAGAGAGGAGAAAAAUAUUGUUAGGUUAGAGAUCUAAACUUUCUCGCUGAUGUUUCUAAGUCGCAUGAAUAUUUGACUACUGGAAGUUGUCAAUCAAAUACAAAAUGCCCUUCUUAAUUGUAUCAAGGCUUCCUUGUUAUCAAUUAUUUCAUGUUAUUUUUAUUUAAAAAGGAAUAUACAUAUAAUAAUAAAGACAGAAAUAAUGGAUGCUGA